UCGUCGCUUGAAAGAAGGAGAGAACGAUCGUCAACGAUCUGGCGGGAACAGACGAGAACGGACAGGAACGGACAGGAGCGUGUCGGGGCGAACGACAGUUAUUCUUCGCACGAUUUUCAAUCGUUUCGAUGUCACUUCCGGCGUGGGAGAUAACCGAACGGAUGCUGAGUCGACGGCUCGCCUAGUGUACGUUCCAGGGCUUCUCUCGCCGACGGCAGGUCGCGACGACGAGGUGUCGGACGGCCGGGUCGCGACGACGGGAUUUGAAACGGCGAGAUUGCGUGUGCGGUUGUUCCCUGUUUAAAUGCACCGUCAAUCGACGCCGCAGGCAGUAUGGAGAGCAACGCGGGGACUCGACGGAGGAGAGGAGCGACGGAGGCCGACGAGUGCCAGGCCAAGCGUGCCAAGUGCACCGAGGACUCCGAGGAGGACGUCGACGAUGAGGUGCAGGACGAGGAGCAUACCGCUGGAAAGGUGAAGAAGGUUCGUGUGCACAACUUCAUGUGUCACGAUGCGUUGGAAGUGACGUUAAACAAGAACGUUAACUUUAUCGUCGGACGCAACGGCAGUGGCAAGAGCGCGAUAUUGACUGCAUUGACCGUAGGACUUGGCGCUAGGGCAAACGUCACGAGCAGGGGAACCUCCAUCAAAGAGUUCAUAAAGAAGGGCAGGAACUCGGCUACUGUUGAGAUAGUGUUGGUCAACAAAGGAGAAUCCACGUACAAGCCUGAAAUUUAUGGCGACACAAUUACAGUUGUACGCAACAUCGGAAUUUCCACGUCGAACUACAAGAUUAAGAAUUGGAAAGGAGACGUAAUUUCCACGAAACGAGAUGAAUUGGACAAUAUUAUAUCGACGAUGAACAUACAGAUUGAUAAUCCAAUAUCCGUCUUGAAUCAAGAUGUUUCGAGAACAUUUUUAGUUACCUCCAAGCCCGAUGAAAAGUAUAGUCUGUUCAUGAAAGCUACUCUCUUAGAUGCCAUUGAGAUUAAUUACAAGGAAGCUCUCAGCAUAUGCGAAGAGGAAUAUACAAAAUUAAAGCAAUAUUCUGCGGCCUUGGCACAAGUAAAGGGAGAGAUACACAAAUUGAAGGACAGUAUACAUAGAUUAGAGGAAAUGGAUGAAUCGCGAGCUGAAUUAAGUCAUCUCGAAAUGGAAUACGAGUGGGCUAUGGCGAUUAUGGAGGAGAAUAAGCUUCGGAAUAUACAGGAGACCUUGAAGUUAUACGAAAGUAAAUUGAAACAGCUUGAGGAUGUGGAAUUAUCUAUUGGAACGAAGGACGAAGAAAUUGAUAGACAGAUAGAGGAAAUAAAGCAAAAAAUUCAGCAAGCAGAAGAGGAAGUAAAAGAUAGCAGCGGAGCAUAUAACAGCGCCAAAAAAAACCAUUCGGAUGCGAAUGAGGAGUUCGGCGAAAAGCAACGCGAGUGGCGUUCUGUAAUAAGCAAGAUAAAACGAAUGGAAGAUGAUGUUAGUUUGCUGAAGAAGGAAAUUCAAAAGUUAGAAAGCUGCGACAAUGAGCACAACAAAAGAAAAGAAAUGAUAGAGCAACUAUCAAAACUGGAGGAAAGACUGGACGAACACGAUGCCUCGUUACGCACUAGACAGACCGAAUUAAUGCAUUUGGAGGCCGAUAAGAUGCGACAUACGCAAGACGUACAAUUUACCAAAAUCGAGAUGGAAAAUUGCGGCAGACAUAUAAGUAAACUCAAGAGGGACUUGAGCGCAGUCGAGCAACAAUCGGAUAAUGCAUUGAGUGUAUUUGGGCCGAAUAUACCGCGUCUGUUGAAGAGAAUCGAAGAGGAAUACAGAAAAAGGCGAUUCAAAGAAAAACCACGCGGGCCUAUUGGUGCUUUCAUAAAAAUGAAGGACGCGGCUUGGGCACCGGCAGUGGAAAAUUUUCUCGGCGGUAGCUUCCUCAGCUCGUUCUGUGUAGAUAAUAGUCAGGAUUCUAAGUUGUUGAACAGUAUUAUGAAGGAGAUUUUUUACAACGAAAAUACUCUGCAAAUAAUAUGUAGCAAAUUCUUUAACAAGGUCCACGAUGUUAGAUCUCACUGUAUACAGUCGUCGCAGUAUUCUAAUCUCUUGGAAGCAAUGGUUAUAGAAGAUCCUGUGGUUGCUAAUUGCUUGAUAGAUCAACGUGAAAUUGAGUGUAUUCUUCUUAUUCCAACAAGCAACGAGGCCUGCGAGAUAAUGUCGAACAUGACGAAAGUGCCAAGAAAUUGCAAAAGAGCGUUUACUUUGAACGGAGACACAUUCUAUCCUGAUCCAAAUUACAGAACUUACGGUGGAAGGGGUGGUAUGCGCGCCAAGUUUCUUCAGGUCUCUACCAUGGAAGCGAUGCAAACGCUGAAGGAAGAACUUCAGACAGCGGAAAACAAAAAGCAGGAAGUCACAAUGGCAUUUAACGCUGUAUGCGAAAGAGAAAGGGUCACUAAUUCAGAAUUAACUAGAGUAGCCGCGACAGUCCGCAAGCUAAGAUCCGCACAGAGUGAAUGCACUAAUUUGAUUAACGAACUGAAAGAUAAGAUUGAGUCGAACGAGGCCACUUCCGCUAAUGUUUUCCGUAACGAAAUCGCGGAAUUGGAAAAGAAGCUGGCACUGGAAAGUGCCACGGAGAAACUUUUGGCUGAAAAUGUGCAGAAGCUUCAGAAGAACGUUGAGUCUCUCAACACGGAAGUCAGGCGAUGCAGGGAUUUGAGGCACAAUUCACACAUGGUGAUUGAUCCUCUUAAGGAUCAAAUAAAAGAACUCGCGCAGGAGAAGGACAUGCAUCGGCAAGAUUGUCAGCGUGCUACUCGAAAGUUGAGGGAAAUUCGCCAGGACGUACAACGCGCUACGGGGGAAUUCGAAAAGCAAGAGAGGGCAACAGUGAAAGCGGUCACCGACGCCACUGAAAAAUGUCCCAGGAUAAAUACCGCCAGAUCGACAAACCAAAUCAAAAUUUUACUAACCGAUUUACGGGACAAGAUUCGCGAGAUAGAAAAUCAGUUCGGCUGCGUAGACGAAUUGCGCCGACAACUGAAGGAAAAGGAGCAAAAGUAUGGAGUGAACAUUGAAUUUACGGCUCAAUUAAAACAGAGUUUUGAAAAACAUAUCGCGCGGGUGAAGCAGCGACAGAAAAUGUUCCUUCAACUGAGGGACAUGUACAGUACAUGCAUACAGAAGUCUUUCACCGACAUGCUUUCUUUAAGACAAUAUACGGGCAAAGUAGUGAUCGAUCAUGUAAACAAAGUGCUCGACUUGCACGUGAGUGCGCGAAAUGAUAAAAAGGCGGGCAACGACACCAGAUCGCUCUCGGGAGGCGAACGAUCUUACUCGACCAUGGCGUUUAUCUUGGCUCUCUGGGAUUGCAUUCAGCUACCCUUCUACUUUCUCGAUGAAUUCGAUGUAUUCAUGGACAAAGUAAACCGGCGAGUGAUAAUGGAUAUUCUUUUGGAUCACACUAGAUCGCAUCCACAGAGCCAAUUCGCUUUCCUCACGCCGCUAGAUACGUCGCACAUUCUUGCCGAGGAUUACGUAACAAUUCAUCAAUUACAACCACCUGAGAGAAAAAAUCUGAGUCAGUGAGUGUUAAAAUAGGUUUUCUUUCUUACUUUUUUAAAAAUUAAUUUAAUAUUUCCAUGUUUGUGAGGUAGGAAAGUAUUUUAAGUUAUAACGUAACGAAAGCGUAUGAGACUUGUUCUCCGGCGUCAAGCAAAUAUAAUUUAUUUGUUGUGUACUGUUGAGAGGGGAAACUCUCUGCUUCUCGCCGCGGACAUGUUGGAAAUAGCGACAUGAAUUGUCAGUAUUGUUAUUUCCCAUUUCUGGCUUCACGAUCCAACUUGUCCGCGGCAAGCACUCAGGAGCUUCAAAGUGUCUUGUUUCGUGUGUGGAAAUAAAACGUCGAAAUUUACAAUUACAUUACAAAUUUACUUUGCGUUUUAUCCGUCCAAGUGAUGGAACAGAUUGUUUAGAAUAUAUGUUUUUGUACGUACGCGGUAUUAGGUACUGUCUGAAUAAAUUAUUCACGGUUUACUUGAAUUACGAUACUCGGAAUGAGAGAGUUUUGGUUAGACAAGUGCCUUUGAUUGUACCGUGUAAUAAAUGUGAUUUACACAUAGAUUUUCUCUGGAUAAUAAAAUUUCUAUCAAAUCGUA